AUGGCAGGUCGAUGUUAUGGGCAGCGAUGGACCAUUGCAACCGUCUCCGUGAGCUUGACCCUGAAAGCAAGCGACGACGAAAUCGCACAUCUCGCAGUCAACCAAUCGCCUCGGCAUAUGCAGCGGCUCGCUAUUUCCAAGAUAGGCGCGGUCGGGGCGCCAACGCGGUCGCUGACAUCCGAGAGAACAUCAAGAGAUCAUGGAACGGAUGCUUCAGCCUACUGUGCAGUCAAGUCGAGCUCUGCAGCUGUCACGGUCUCCUGGGUCGGCAUUAGUGUCAUCCUGUGCUGGUUCCAGAACUUGAUGGGCUGCGACGUCGGACGAGUGCCGGCAGGUCGGUCUUGA